UUUAUUCCACUUUCAAUUCGUUACUAAUGUUUGUACGCGAUUUACGAAACUCGAAAAUGCUGCUGCCACCACCACUAAUUUUCGUUCUAAUUCUUCUCACCCCAGUAACAACAAAAGACGUGAAAAUCAUAAACGGCACGGAAGCACAGACAGACGAAUUCCCCUUCAUGGUUUCCCUUCAAAACAACACCACACACUUCUGUGGCGGAACUGUUUUAAACAAAAAGUUUAUACUAACAGCAGCUCAUUGCGUAUGCAACGUAAACUUGGAUAAGUUGACGGUUCAUUUGGCGCACUACUUGGAAAAUCCCCGAGAGAAAAUUCCGGUAAAAUCAAUAAUUUGUAACGAAAACUACAGCGAAAUGGAGCACAUAAACGACAUCGCCGUCCUGGAGCUAGAAAACGAAAUAACGUUUUUCCACCCGGUGAAGCUAGUUUCGGAGGGUUUUGUUUGCGAGAGGGACCGCCAGGGGGUGUUAGUAGGAUGGGGGCUAACAGAAGAGGGAAAAAUCGCCACUUUUCUGCGAAAAGUUGACGUCGUAGCCUACGAUGACGCUUCUUGUGCAAACAGCCACUUCGGGAUGUACGACAUGGAAAAAAACAUGUGCGCAGGCUGGCCCGAGGAUGGUCGAGGAUCUUGUCAGGGCGAUUCUGGCGGUCCACUACUAAUUGAAGGAUUCCAAGCGGGAAUUAUUUCAUUUGGGAUUAGUUCUGAUUGUGGAAUUUCCAGCAGGGAGCACCCUAAAGUUCUAACAAGAAUAUCUAAAUACGUAGAGUGGAUCGACGAAAACAGCAAAUACGGAGCUGGAAACUACGGCGUUGGCGUCCGAUUGUGCAAGGUUUUGUUGCUGAUGUGCAUUUUCGCACUCGUGGGAUAAAUAUUUCGAAAAAUGAAAAAAUUGUUGUUGUUUUGUCUGGCGGGAAGUUAGAUAAAUAGUAAAUAAUAAAUUAUUGAUGAUUA